CUGGUUCGUUUUGCACUCGGACACCCCACUUUCUCCCCGCUGCCCGCUGGCCACAGUGUCGGCGCGCUCUCUACCCACUCGCUCUCUCCUCCGGUUGACUCGCGAUGCCGUAUGUUAUCCUAUUGGGUGCUGCCAGGGCCCUGGCGGAACUUUACAUGGACUUGAUGUUGCACGAUGGGGUUCACCGAUGGAACGUUGCCCUGCGAAGGGCACAAUACCUCGGGAUGGCCAUCGCAGCCUCUAUUCGACAUAUCUGGGAUCAUCGAGUACUGGAACUACCGUCCGAGGUCGCGGCUUCUACGCUUGAUCCGACGCCCUUCAUGCAGGCCGAGACAGAGCCCUCAACAACCCCGACGACACUGGUAUCUGACUCGGAAGAUCCAGGCUAUGCAUCCUUCUCCGAGCAACAAUCCCCGGAGCUUCCGGUGACGCUAGUGCCUCCAACGGAGCCAGAACCGAUCCCGUCGCUUAUCACUCCGGUCGAUCAACCUCCGCAGCCAAACAUGCUUCCUCCAACACUGACCAGAGUCGGCGAGGAUGAAGUGAACCAUGGUGCCUACAGUUUUUAUCGUCAGCAUCCUUCGAACCGGAACAACACGUAUUCGGCCUCAAAUGUGAUGCCCCCGUGGCCAAUCACCCUCGUGCUCGCGUACAUCUUCUAUUGUUGUUUUCUCAGCUUGCGACCGGCAGUGAAGAACCUGCUGGAGGUUCUCCUCGCAAGACUGCUCGCUCAACGUCAGAAUACACAAGGAACGGAGAGGGAAGAUAAACCUGACGCUUGCCAGGGAGAUGGGUCCAACAGCAGCGACGAUGCGCACCCAGAGCCUAGGCCAAUCGCGGACAAUACACCUCGUCCCCGCCCCCGCCCCCGCCCCCGCCCCCGCUCCCGUCCCCGCCCCCGCGACAAGGGCCAGAGACGUUUGUCCGACGUCAUUCGUACCGCUCAAGCCAUCUUGGACGAGGCUGAGUCGAUCCCUACCCCAUACAUCUUGAUCAACUCGGGGGACAUUCAGCCAGACGACCCAAUGGAUCCUUCGCAACCAGCCUGGAUUCGCAAGAUGGCCAUGGAGCUGAACGAGGGGAUGGAAACCGUGGAGCGCCUCGAGGCAGAGGUCGACAACAUGGAGCGUGCGCUAGACGAACUCGAACGCUCUCCCAUUUUCACCUGGAAUCCCUUCCCUGACGAGCCACUCAACCCUUCUUCGGCUCAGGACGCUGGUGCCGCACAGUCGGCCACUGCCUCGCCGCCGUUCGCCUGCCCCCCGGCUGACUUUCCUCGCCCGCUCGAGCUACCGACCGAUCCGCUGUAUCGGCAGGUGAUCCAGAGCGCGGCUGCGUUGGGUCUCUUCGAUUCGAGCGACUCAGCUUCCGGACAGAGCGCGACGGGGACCGACAUUCCUACCACAGAGGAAUUGUCCAAACGGACCGCGGAACUGGAGGCACUGAAGGCUAGGCGCGACGCCAUUACCGCUACCCUUCGUGGUGACCGUGUUGCCCGCGCCAAGGCGUACUCCGCAAAUAUUGUCGGUGGCGAUGACAAGGAGAAUGGUACUCGGGCAACAUCGAGUGGCAAGGGGAAGCAAGCCGCUGGUCAAGGCUCCAAAGGUCGACGGGCUUUCGCUUCGCGAGACGCCACGAACUUCCGUUCGCGUGUCCCUCGGGGCGACGAGGACCAGGAACGUCGCGAGCGCUCGCGACGUGCACAGAAGCAUGGCCUCGACAUGACUGCCGUAAGCUACAUGUCCGACCGGUUCAAGGAGGGCGUCGCGGCGGGCACUAUGCCUUUCGGGAGCGGCACCAAGGAGGAGAUCCAGGAGUGGCUCAACAGCCUUGAGGAAAAACGUCGGAAGAGGAACGCCCGGACCUCUCAGCCCGUAUUCGGCAAGAUGAGCUUGGGAGAGAUCUUCCAGACGUUUGGUCAUCUGACUGAGUCCAUGGACGCUCUGAAGGAACUCAAGAAAUGGAAGCAAGGCCAAUCUACUUCCGGCCCGGCCGAGUCAUUGCAGCCAACUGCCUCAGUCGUUGAGGAGACCAAUGCCGAACCGGAGCCUGCGGAGCGUAGCUCAGACGAGAUUGUUGUGCCCGUCGAUGAUGGUGAAGACGUUGGCUCCCAGUCAAUCGAGCGUGGACGCCCUGCAAUCCGUCGGUCGCAGCGCCCAGCCAGAGGCGGCAAGGUUUGUACUCCCGUGCGACGCCAGUACGUCCCCAGAGAUCGUCGAACGGAGCAGUUGUUCCAGCCGCGCGACCUGCCAAGCAUGGGCGACGUCACGACCACCGUCAGGGAUACCAUGAGGGAAGAGAUCGUGUGGGAGACGGAGUUCCGCCAUGCGCCUCUGUUGCUCAACAAAAUCGAGGCGGAUCGUCGUGCGGCCGUGUACGCGCGUUGGGUCGACGCGGAGGGCAGGCCUAUUGCCGGACCAUCUCGGUUGGGCUGAACGUUCCUCGCCUCCUUGAGCAAAGCUGUCACAAGUUUUCAGCGAUGUGGAUAUCUUCAUACCUUCAUAAGCCCCGCGAAGGGGCCAGAAUUGAGACAUUCCCUGUGAAACACUCUCCGUCCCGUAGUUAUCACGACUUGUUCAUGCAGCAGUCCUGUAGUUUUAGCACCUGUAUCGUUCGUCGUAGGUCAUCCCGACUUGUCUUUCUCCGAGUCUCUGU